AUGCCACGUACCGCAACGUCCCAGCCCCGCGCCAUGCUAGCCGCUGGUUCCCAUUCUGAACGUCGGGCUGACCUGUGUGCAUCCAGCUUUGGCGACUUGAACCUCAUUCGGGAGAUGCCGCCCUUCGACGCGCACCUCAAGUGGAUCCAGGAACUCGGCUCCAAGGUAAUUACGUACCGAGGCAUGUUUUACGCCGAGCGCAUCUAUCUGGCCGACGCACGAGCCAUGAACCACGUCCUGGGCCCUGCCAACAGCUACUCGUACCCCAAGCCCGACAACACGCGUCGGUUCCUCUCCGAACUCCUCGGCCAUGGCGUCCUCGUCAGCGAAGGGGACGAGCACAAGCGCCAGCGAAAGAUCUUGCAGCCUGCCUUCAACGUGUCUGCCAUUCGAGGCCUGACACCCACGUUUUUCAAGCACGCCAACAAGCUCGUCGAUCGGCUGGGCGAAUUCGUUGACAAGACGGAGGGGCCAGCCGAAGAGCCGUUUAUCCCCGGCCAGAGCGCCAUGUCGGCAAAAGUGUCACAAAAGGGCAAGCCCGUUUUUGACAUUUCACACUGGACCUCCAAGACGACGCUCGACAUCAUCGGCGAAACGGGCUUUGACCACGACUUCAAGACAAUCAACUCGGGCGAAGGCGAGGGCGACGACGAGCUUGCGCAGGCGUUCAACACGCUCAUGAGGCAGACUGGCAACCUGAACAUUUGGCAGAUUAUCCAGUUCGGCCUCCAGUCGAUUCCGGGCUUCUGGUGGCUCCGCAUGCUUCCUACUCGCCGACGCAGGCUCAUCCUUGACACCUAUAAGAUUCUCGAGAAAAAGUCCAAUGAGCUCGUCGAUGCCAAGCGCGCCGAAAUUGCCGCAGACAUGAAGGGCGCGAUGCAACAGGACUCUAAGGCCUACCUUGAGGACAUGGGCAAGGGCAAAGACAUCCUCUAUCUCAUGAUGAGGGCCAACAUGGCCACUGACAUAUCGCCAUCGGAGAGGCUGGCCGACGACCAGCUCGUCGGACAAAUUACCACCUUUAUCUUUGCCGGACACGAGACAACGAGCACCCUGACGCAGUGGGCCCUACACGUUCUCUCGCUUUCAGAGAACAAGCACAUCCAGGAUAAGCUCCGUGCCGAGCUCGAGGAGAACUUUGCCGGACGCGACGAGAUCCCCUACGACUCACUGAUGGCCAUUCCUUACCUCGACAACUUUACCAAGGAACUCAUGCGGCGGCACUCGCCUGUCGGCUCGACCACGCGCGAGGCGCAAAAGGACGAUGUGAUUCCACUCUCCAAGCCUUACCCGACAAGGGACGGCAAGGGCACGUUCAACAGCGUCGUGGUGAAGAAGGGAUCCGAGGUCAUGAUUCCCAUCCAGGUCCUCAAUCGCAGCGAGGACGUCUGGGGCCCCACCGCUCACGACUUCAAUCCCGAUAGAUGGGAUGAUAUUCCCGCCACGGCAAAGGAGAGCGGUCUGCCCUCGCACAUGCUCACCUUCAUCGCCGGUCCUCGGAGCUGCAUCGGCAACCGUUUCUCCAUUGCCGAGUUCAAGGUCCUCAUCUCUGCACUCGUGCGCGCCUUCCGCAUAGAGGCCGUCGAGGGCUGGGAGAUUGAGCCCAAGCAGGGCAUCGUCGUCCGCACUCGAAUCGUCGGUCAAGAAGACCUCGGCCUGCAGAUGCCAUUGCGCUUUUCCAGGAUCUGA